UCUCUCUCUCCCCCUCACUUUAUAAAAAACUCCCACUCAGCUCAGUCGCUCUCUCUCUUCUCCGCGCAUGCCUCUGCGACCUCCAUGACCGCUUCCUGGAGAGAGAGAGAGAGAGAGAGAGAACUCCGUUUGACUUCACGGGCCGAGAGUGAGAGAGAGGCGACGGUGGAUGGAAUGAUGACUGCGAAGGCGGCGGCGUGCUUCGAGAGCGUGGACGAGAGGAGGAGUGGGGUGCCGGGGAGUGUCGUGGUCUUCGUCGGGGAUGAACAGCAGCAGCAGAAGCGGCGGGAAGGCGGGGAGGAAGAAGGUGAGGGAUGUUCCACGACAGCAGCGAAGAAGAACAAGAAGAAGAGCAGGGUGGUGGAGUGCCGGAUAUGCCAGGAGGAGGACGAGGUGUACGCCAUGGAGAGCCCCUGCGCCUGCAGCGGCACACUCAAGAAUGCUAAUCAACCUGAACCAAGUGCACAACAGCGCGUAAAUGAGCUUAAAGCUCAACAGCAAGCAACAAAUUUUGCUCAUAGGAAGUGCAUUCAGAGGUGGUGCAACAAAAAGGGUGACAUUAACUGUGAGAUCUGCAGCCAGGUCUUCUCACCAAAUUACUCACUCCCACCUGCCACAAUCAAUCCUGAUCUUCUCGCAAUUGAUGUCCGGCAAGCAUGGGUCCCUAAUAUCAAUCUCCGGGAUUCUCACCUGAUAGCACUAGCUGCUGCUGAGCGUCAAUUACUGCAGUCUGAAUACGACGACUAUGCUGUUGAGAGUAGUGGUAGCAUUGCCUGCCUCCGCUCUGUUGCUCUCAUCCUUCUCAUAAUUUUACUUCUUCGCCAAGCUCUACUUGUCACCCGGGAGGCCGGGCUUGUGCAAGGGUCAUCGAAAUUAUUUAACGUUUCGGUUCUUCAGUUUGCUGGUUUCCUGUUGCCAUGCUAUGUAAUGGCCCGGACGUGGUAUUUACAAAGCCGAAGGCGACAGGUGUAAUCAGUUGUGAAACGAAUCCAGUUUGUGAGGGAUUAACCUGGUGUUUUCCCGAGUUAAAUUAUGCUUCUCUAAGGGAAGCUCUGUAUAUCUUUUCUUUCCGGAGUGUGCGGGGCUUCUUAACAGUUCCUAAUCCGAGGGCGCAAAAUUGUUUGGCUUAUCUAGCAAACGAUCUCCCAAAAAGAAAAAAAAAAGGUGGGAAUGGCAAGCAAGGAUGUGGGGGGAUAAGAAACGCGAUCUGGAAGAUGCAGAUUGAGGAGUAAAUGUAAAUGUUCGGAUUUGAUGUAAAUGCUGGUUCGAGUAGGCAGUCUCGUGUUCUUCGUUAUAUUCUGUGACUGUGCUGCUUUUCGAUUGGUUUCACGUUCUAAUGCACUCGUUCGUCCUGGCAAAAGUCGGCACUAGUUCAGGUUUAACCGGGACUAUACAUAUCUCAGUGCUGGAGGAAUGUGCAAUAUUAUAGUAGAACCAGAAGAAGAUUUCCAUUUCCAA